AAGGAUCGCUCGGUGUGGACUCUGAGUUGAGUUCGUUUGGCGAUUUGUCUGGGGCAUCGUAAUAAGCUCGGUCAUUUUGGCUUACUCACGCUCAUGAAGCGGAUUCAUCUUCACUCUGGUUCUACAAACUCCAGGGCCUGGAACCAUUCGCAAUCAUGUCGCUGAUACAGAAUGCCAUCUUGGUGGCCGUUACAGCAUGCCUUGUUGCCUUCCUGCCAGGGUAUUUCCAGAAGGUACCACCCAUAGUCAUCCAUGGAGAGGUUGCCAAGGGGUUUGAACCCGUUCUCGCGAAGUUCAGAGAGAAUUUUGAAAAUGGUGCAGACUCCCGAUACGGAGGAUCAGCAUUGGCCGUGUAUCAUAAAGGCAAGAAGAUCAUAGACAUCUGGGGAGGAUUUGCCGAUGUAGAGAGCAACAUAGAAUGGCGUCAAGACACAACGACGGUUGUUUUCUCUGCGACUAAAGGUAUAGCAUCAAUCUGCAUCGCCAUGUUGGUGGACAGGGGUCUCUUGGACUAUGAUAAACCAGUAUCUCUAUACUGGCCAGAGUUUGCACAGAAGGGCAAGGGCAAAGUGACCGUCAGACAACUCAUGGAACAUAUGGCCGGCCUGACCCUCAUGGCUCCACCGGGGAUGACCAUCGACACCCUGCAGGAUGUAGCACGAGGGGGAGAACUGAUGGCAGCAGCUGAGCCUCAGUGGGAAAUAGACGGGAAGAAACAUGGUUACCACGCCCUAACUUUCGGCCCGCUCACCAACGAGCUCCUGCGUCGAGUCGACCCGCAACACCGCACCAUGGGGCAAUUCUUUGCAGAAGAGAUCGCAGAACCUUUUGGAGUGGACUUCCACAUUGGACUGCCAUUUGAUCAGAAUUAUCGAGUAGCUAGAUUGAUUGAAGGAAAGAUUGGUCGGCUGUGGGGACUCGACGAUCCUCUCAUUCGCCAGAUGACAUUACAUUUCCUAACGACUCCAUAUUUCAAAAACAUCCAAGAAAACCAAGGGGCAAUCAUGAACACACUGAUGGCCCUAAACAGUCCCUAUCUUCGGGCUGUCGAAGUGCCCUCUGUCAAUGGAAUUGGGACAGCCAGAGCCAUCGCAAAGGUUUACGGAAUUUUAGCGGCCGGUGGCGUCGAUCCAGAAACUAAACUGAAGUUGCUAUCGAAGGAAAGGAUUAAUGCAUUUAUGAACGCCAGCACUGUAACACAGGAUGAAGUGCUAGGAUUUGACUUAUCACAUACUUUAGGGAUGGUCACAACGAAGUAUGUCAUGAACGGUUCGGUUAUGGGAUUCGGUCAUGAGGGUGCAGGCGGUCAGAAAGCAUGGGCAGAUCCGAAGAAUAAGAUCGGUUUUUCGUUCGUCAGCAACGCCCUUUCACCUUACACGCAUAACGGAGAUCACAGGAGUCAAGAAUUGACCGAAAAUCUGUACGAAUGCUUAAGGAAAAAGUAGUAGAUGUGGACAUCUUCUUUGUAAUGCCCUUGUUGAACCUUGUUCAGAUAUGCAGCGGUAAACCGCGGCGUGUUUUUAAAUGAUGACGUCACGUAUAAAACGUUUCACAUUUCUGUAUCUCAUGAAACAGACGUCAGUGAAUGCACAAAGGACCCUUUUUUGCCUGAUUAUCAUUCAUUUAUAUAUGCAUAAAAACCCAGAGGUGGUAUUUGUUAGCCACGGUAAACCGCGUCAUAUCUGAACUGUAGUUUUAUAAAGUAGUUUAACCGGAGUUUAGAAUAUAGCUGCGAACAUGAUACCUGCAAAGUGACCGUUUUAUAUCGCUAUUCAAAUCUAAUUCAAUCUAUUUCCAAUCCAA